GGACAAAAUAGUGAAGCGAGGUUGGAGUGACCCAAUUCUAACCGAAUAGUACCUCUUUCUUUCUCAAUCUUUCAUUUCUUGCACCUAUUUUGUGCAAGUUUGUAUCUUUGUCUUGUUCACUCCAAAAAGUAAGAGAGAGAGAGAUUCUUCUCACCACACCGCACCAUUUUUUGUGUGUUUGUGGUUUGAAUUCAAAGAAACUUGAAUCAUGCCUUCAGGUGCAAAGAAGAGGAAAGCCGCCAAGAAAAAGAAGGAAAUACAAUCCUCUACUUCCACCACCAACAACCCUCACGGGGAGAAUGAAUUGAAGUCGAUAGACGAGAAAGGAAGUGAUGGUGGAGAGAUUGAUUCGCCUCGGGACCUUGAUGAUGAUCAUAAUCAGUUCAAUGAAGGUAGUGAGGAGGUGGAGGAGGUUGAACCAGUGGCUGCUGUUGUCAAGUCUACGGAAGACGUUCGUAAGGAUAGUAAGGUUGAUGAAGGUGAGGGAGGAAAGGAACGUGUUGAUGUGAUAGAAUGGGAUAUGAAAUCUGAUGAUGGUAGUGAGAACAAAGAUGUUAGUGUUGUGCGAAUUGAGUCUGAUGAGGGAUUGAAUAAUGGGAGUGGGAAUUCUGGCGGUUCUGAUGAUGUAAUUGAAACCGGCAUUGCGAAGAACUUAAAGGAUGAAUCUUAUAAUGAUUCAGUAAAAGAGACAGCUGUAUUUGAUGAAGAGGCUGUUAAUUCGGUAAAGGAGGGUGUAGUUGAAACCGGUACUGCGAAGAACUUAAAGGAUGAGUCCUAUGAUAAUAAUGAUUCAGUGAAAGAGACAGGUGCAUUUGAUGAGGAGGCUGUUAAUUCGGUGAAGGAGAGUGUUAAUUCAGCGGCGGAAUCUUCUGCUGGUUCGGUCAAUGUUGUGAAUUCGAUCUCUGAGGUGCAAAGCGGAGACACUGGAAAUGAUUUACUUGAGAAACCAUUGGGCUCUCAAGGAGCGGAAACUGAUCUUGCCUUGAAGAGAAAUGAGGAUAAAGUACAUGUCUUACCUGAUGAGAUUGUUAAAGCGUCAAGUUUGGAAGAACCUGAGACAAGGGAAUUCGGUAAAAUAUCAUCAUCACAGGCGUCUCAAGGAGAGGAAACUGAUAUUGUCGUGAAGAUAAAUGAGGAUAAAGUACCUGUCUUACCUGAUGAGAAUGUGAAAACAUCAAGUUUGGAAGAACCUGAGACAAGGGAAUUCGACAGUAAAGUAUCAUCAUCACCGGUGUCUCAAGGAGCGGAAACUGAUAUUGCCGUGAAGAGAAAUGAGGAUAAAGUACCCGUCUUACCUGAUGAGAAUGUGAAAACAUCAAGUUUGGAAGAACCUGAGACAAGGGAAUUCGUUGGUAAAGUAUCAUCAUCACCGGCGUCUCAAGGAGCGGAAACUGAUAUUGCCGUGAAGAUAAAUGAGGAUAAAGUACCCGUCUUACCUGAUGAGAAUGUGAAAACAUCAAGUUUGGAAGAACCUGAGACAAGGGAAUUCGACGGUAAAGUAUCAUCAUCACCGGCGUCUCAAGGAGCGGAAACUGAUCUUGCACUGAAGGAAAAUGAGGAUAAAGUAUCCGUCUUACCUGAUGAGAAUGUCAAAACAUCAAGUUUGGAAGAAUCCGUGACAAGGGAAUUCGACGGUAAAGUAUCAUCAUCACCGGCAUCUCAAGGAGCAGAAACUGAUCUUGCCGGGAAGAGAAAUGAGGAUAAAGUACCUGUUAUACCUGAUGAGAAUGUUAAAACAUCAAGUUUGGAAGAACCGGAGACAAGGGAAUUUGACGGUAAAGUAUCAUCAUCACCGGUGUCUCAAAGUCCUAUCACUGAAUCUAAUAAUGGUGUAGAACAUGUUAAAGAUUCCAACACUGCAGAAAGCUCUGGAAAUCAGCCUCCGGCAGCAUCAGCUCCACUUCUGGUGCAAAAAACGUCUUGGUUGAGUUGCUGUGGCUUGUUUGAUGCGGUGUCAAGCUCCAACAGAUAAGUUCAGAAAUACGUGCACGUGGAUCUCAAUUGAUGUGUCAAACCUGUGAAGAUUUUAGGAUUUGGUUCAUAAAAUUGUGAUAUGUGUUGUUUAUGAUUUUCCAAACAAAUAAUGGGCAACAGGCCCAACUAUAUGAGAUUUAUAUACAGUGAGGUUUGUUGUAGUAAUUGUGUUAGCAACAGUUUCAGCUCAAAAUCUUUCUUUUAUAAACUUUUCAAACUACACUUUUGUUAAACCUGCAAGUGGUGUUCAAUUA